ACCUGUCAUUGGUGUGAUUUUGUGUAAAAAUUAUCAAGAUAGGAUAUUACUUUAUAUUUAAUAAAAAAUCUUAACAUUUAAUACCACAACAAAAUGAUAGAAUUAUAUUAAAGAUAUUCUUUAAAUUUAUCUUUUAAAAAUUUAUGCCAUUUAUUGUUCCAUAGAAAGUGUUAAGAUUUCAAUGAAAGAUGAAAGCUACCGGUGGGAGAGUCUUUUUAAUUAUAUUAGCCCACGUUAUAUUCACCCUUGCUGAAACUGACUCAAUAAAACAUGAAGAGAAAAAGUCUAAAGGAGUCACUACAUUCGUUAGUGCCAAGUGGGAAGUAACUCCAAUUGUACUGGAAUUAGCAGAAUACCUUUCAGGAGAGAGCUCGGACUUAUUUUGGUCGUUUUUUGAUGAAAUAAAUUCUCUCAAAACAAAUUUGGAUUCUUUAGAAACAGAUAAACAAGUCUAUGAUGCUUGUAUUGGAGUUGUCAGUUUACUGCUGGCACCAGCACAACUUCGUAUGGCCAAACUUGCUUUGUCAAUGCAUUUAACUUCACCCACUGUUCGUAUGUUUGAUCAAAUUGCUACUCACAAUGGUGCUAAGGAAGUUCCUUGUGAUGCAUUUGUGUCAAUUGCAUCACAAAAAAUUUGUGAUAAUGAUGCAUUAAGAGAUAUUCUGAAAUCAUCUUCUAAGUAUCAUCCAGAUGAACACAGAUUGGAAACAUACCUGUUGGACCACUCAUAUCCAAACAGUGAUAAUAAGAGUCUUACGGCAAUUCUGUAUGGUGAACUUGGAACAGCAGAUUUCGCUGCUAAACAUAAAAUUCUUUCUGGAUAUGCAGAUUUGGGCUCAAUUAAUUACAUAGUAAGAUGGAAUGUAAAGCCACGGGGUAAACCUAAAGUACGCCUCUCAGGCUAUGGAGUGGAAUUACAAUUAAAAAGUACUGAGUACAAGAGUCAAGAUGAUACAACACCCAAGGAGUCAGAGGAUGGUGAUACUUCAUCACCCUCAGCUGAAGAGGAUGAAAAUGAUCCACAAAAUCAGAUAGAUGGAUUUAAUUUUGGGAAACUCAAGAAUCUGUUUCCUGCUCUGCGUACUCCCUUGGAGAGAUUUCGACGUCAUUUAUCUGAAACAAGUGAAGAGCUUGCGCCUUUAAAGGUGUGGCAAAUGCAAGCUCUAAGCAUGCAGGCUGCUGCAGCUGUCAUAGACGCCCAUGACGCAGGUGGCGAUGAGGCUCUUAAAGUGUUGACAUCAAUUGCUCAAAACUUCCCAAUGCAAACAAAGUCCCUGAUCCAUGUGAACGUACCUCGCUCAUUCCGUGACGAGGUGCUAUACAACCAGGACGUGUGGGCGUCGGCGUUGGGCACGCGCACCGCGGAACCUCUGCUGCUGGUGUCGGGCGUGCAGUACGACGCAGAGGAGGUCGACGUUUUGGCUCUGCUGGCCGCCCUCAAGGACGACAUUGGACCUAUGAAUGCCUUGCACGCCCUAGGACUAUCCAAAAAUUUGAUCAACAAGUUAAUAUCGCUGGAUAUCGGCGAGUCAUAUACUUGGGACGAAUAUGGUCUGGACAUUCGCGACACAUCGAUCACUUGGCUCAAUGAUUUGGAGUCGGACGAUCGGUACAGGCGUUGGCCCUCAUCGUUUAUGGAAUUGUUGCGCCCCACCUAUCCCGGCAUGUUGAGGAACUUGAGGAGGAACAUUUAUAAUUACGUGAUGAUAGUGGACCCCACGUCGCCGGCGUCGGCGCCACCGCUGCAGCUGGGCGAGACCCUGCUGAAGCACUCGUCGCCGGUGCGCGUGGGGCUGGUGCUGGCGCCGGCCGGCGGGGCGCGCGCCGCCGCCGUGCGGGCCGCCGUCAACUACGUGGCUCAGGAUCGGAACUCCAACAAGGAAUCCUUCUACUUCCUUACAAAGCUUUUACAAACGGCUCCAGAAGAUGGCGUGUCCUUUGAACAUAUCAAAAAUCAUUUGAAAAAAUACACGAGCUUCAAUGCGAAUCUCGACGACAUCAUAGCAGAAGAUUCUGAAUAUAAUUUCGGAAAUCAGUUGGCAGAAGAAUUCGUGUCGAAAUUGGGAUCCGAUAAGUAUCCUCAGGUGUUGAUAAACGGCGUGCCGCUGCGCGACGACGGCCCCGCGCCGGUGACGUCGUCGCUGGAGCUGCUGGAGGAGGCGCUGGCGGCGGCGCUGGCGCGGCUCACGGCGCGCCUGCAGCGGGCCGUCUUCCGCGGGGACGUCGCCGACAGCGACGACGCCGUCGACUACCUCAUGAGGCAGCCGCACGUCAUGCCCAGAUUGCAUCGACGUGUUUUGGCUUCAGAUCCAUCACAGUAUUUAGAUUUGUCAGGAGUUCCAUCUUCUCCCGAACUUUUUACGGAAGAUAAAAUCCAUCGUCUACUUCAUUUGACUGGCCGCGACGCUUUAGCCACAGCUUUGCCGAUCAUGAAAUACUUUUUAAAACCAGGAAAACAGGAGAAAAUAACUCAGACAAUUUGGAUUAUCGGUGAUUUAAAUGAAAAGGAUACUAGAGAUCUGUUAAGAAAUGCAUUAACGUUUAUGCGCGAGUCGCGCGGCGUGCGGGUCGCGUUCGCGCCGAACGUGGAGCGCGCGGGCGAGGAGCAGCCGCUGAACAGCGCGGUGCUGGCGGCCGCCGCCGCGCUGGCGCCCGCCGCCGCCGCGCGCUACGUGGCGCGCCUGCUGGAGCGCGACGGCUGCCACGAGCGCCGGGACUGCGAGAUACUGCCCGAGCUGGUGCCGCUGCUGAACAAGCAGGCGUGGGUGAUGAAGGCGGCUCGCGUGCUGUGUGCUCGCGGUCUGAAGCUGCGCGCGGGCCAGCGCGCCCUCGUGCACAACGGGCGCCUCGUGGGCCCACUCGAGCCCGGGGAGCGGUUCUCGCUCGAAGACUUCGUGCUGCUCGAGAGGUACAGCAACCAAGUGUAUGGCGAUAAACUGGCGGAAUUUUUCAGUGGCAAAAAUUCAGUAAAUGAAAACGACGUGGAUGUUGAUGGUAAAAAAUAGCCCCCGGAGCUGUCGGCGGACGAGCGCGUGCGCGUGGUGGCGGCGCUGGCGGCGCGGGCGCCGCGCGCGCGCUCGGCGCUGCCGGCCGGCCUGCGCGCCGAGCACUCCGUCGUCGACCUGCCGCCGCUCUUCGCGGACGAGGCCGCCGUCGACAUCGUGGCGGUGGUGGACCCGGCGUCGACGGCCGCGCAGCGCCUGGCGCCGCUGCUGCUGGUGCUGCGCCGCGUCGUCAACUGCAGGCUGCGACUCUUCCUCAACCCGCAGGACAAGAAUUCUGACAUGCCACUUAAAAGUUUCUACCGCUACGUGCUGGAGCCCGAGCUGCAGUUCACCAGCGGCGGGGCGUUGACCUCGGGCGCCACGGCUCGCUUCUCCCGCCUGCCGCACGCGCCGCUGCUGUCGCUGGAGCUGCGCACGCCGCCCAACUGGCUCGUGGAGUGCGUCAAGUCCGUCUACGACCUCGACAACAUCCGCCUCGCCGACGUCGACUCCGUCGUGCACAGUGAAUUCGAACUGGAGUACCUCUUACUGGAAGGUCACGCGUGGGAUAACACUCUUGGUACGCCUCCUCGGGGACUGCAGCUAGUUUUGGGCACGAAGGACAAUCCUGAGGCCAAGGACACUAUAGUGAUGGCUAACCUGGGAUAUUUCCAGCUAAAAGCUAAUCCUGGAGCCUGGAUACUGCGUUUGAGACCCGGCCGCUCGGAAGAAAUUUACGAAAUUGUUGGGCAUGAAAACACCGACACGCCGGCCGGUAGCGAUGACAUCCAAGUUCUGAUGAGUUCCUUCCGCAGUCACGUUAUCAAGUUGCGCGUAAGCAAGAAACCAGACAAGCAGAAUCUUGAUCUUCUUGUCGAAAAUGACGAAAAGAACUCUGGCGGAAUCUGGAACUCUAUUGCAAGUUCGUUCGGCGGCGGCGAAGAGCAUGAGACACAGGACGAAACCAUUAACGUGUUCUCCGUCGCGUCCGGACAUCUGUACGAGAGGUUCCUGCGGAUCAUGAUGUUGUCUGUCCUGAAGCACACCAAGUCACCCGUCAAGUUUUGGUUCUUGAAGAAUUAUCUUAGCCCUUCAUUAAAGGACAUCCUCCCGUACAUGGCUCAAGAGUACGGCUUCGAGUACGAGCUGGUGCAGUACCAGUGGCCGCGCUGGCUGCAGCGGCAGCGCGACCGCCAGCGCACCAUCUGGGGGUACAAGAUUCUGUUUCUCGACGUGCUCUUCCCUCUGCAUGUCAAGAAGAUCAUAUUCGUGGAUGCGGAUCAAAUUGUUCGAGCAGACUUGAAGGAGCUAGUUGAUUUCGAUCUCGCAGGAGCUCCUUAUGGCUAUACACCUUUCUGUGACAGCAGGAAAGAGAUGGAAGGAUUCAGGUUCUGGAAGCAGGGCUACUGGCGCAACCACCUGCAGGGCCGCAGCUACCACAUCAGUGCGCUGUACGUGGUGGACCUGAAGCGCUUCCGCCGCAUCGCCGCCGGCGACCGCCUGCGGGGCCAGUACCAGGCGCUCAGCCAGGACCCCAACAGCUUGUCUAACUUGGAUCAAGAUUUGCCCAAUAAUAUGAUUCACCAAGUGGCCAUCAAGUCGCUUCCGCAAGAAUGGUUGUGGUGUGAAACUUGGUGCGACGAUGAUUCUAAGAAAUACGCUAAAACUAUUGAUUUGUGCAACAACCCGAUGACGAAGGAGGCGAAGCUGUCGGCGGCCAUGCGCAUCGUGCCCGAGUGGCGCCAGUACGACGCCGAGGUGAAGGCGCUGCAGGCGCGCGUGCGCCGCGGGCUCUACCAGCACGCCGACGGCGAACAGGAAAUAGACAGCGUUCACCAUCCAGAAGAUACCAAAACGAAAGCUGCUUCAGAUGAUGAAAACCAACAUACGGAGUUAUGAUGGAACAGUGCUUAAAAACAUUUAACUUAAUAUUUUUUUAUUCCUGUUUCGGUUGUAGGUCUAUAAAAGAUCGCGUAUGAACAGAAUAUUUGACACACUGAAAGUGCUCAUUAAAAUGAAAUGUGUGGUGUGUAAGUUAGUUAAAUUUGUUAGCACUGUACUUUGUAAAUAUUAUAUAAAAUCAAUUCCAUUACUAUAUUUUUUUUGGUUGCACUUAUUUUCGUAAUAUUAUCCCAAUGAUUAAGGAUUUUUUUUAUAUAUUAAUUUAGUAUCAAGUUUUUUUAAAGAUUAUAAGUGAAAAUAAUGUGAUGAAUUAAGUUAGGGAAUGAUAUUAUUGUAGUGUACAGUAGGAAGGGAGUUUUGUAAUAUUUAGGCAUAUUAUACAUAUUGUUCAAUUACUAUUUUUCUUACACAUUGAUUGAGAGACGAGAUACAUAUUACAUUAGUAACAUAUUGAAAAUGUGAAGCAGUGUUUCCUGACAGUCUGUCUAAUAUUUGCGUCUCAACUACGAUGAUAAAUUUGAUUUUUUACCUCUUACGGAUCUCAAACUCCACGGGUUGGACGUUUAAUUUACAUUUUGCAACAAAUUUGUGUACCCUUUACUUAUAUCACAGAAAAAAAAAAACAUGUAAUAGUAAAUAAAAAUGAUUAUAAAAUUGA